UCGUUGCGUCUCGAUUUAGCGACAAAGCGUCCAGAGCACCAUGCGUGAAGCCUCGAGUGGCGAGUGUGAACCGACGUGUCCCUGUCCUCUCAACUGCAAGACGCUUACCGUCACGACGUGGUCCUGCUGUGGCUACGGUGCCUACCACCACGUGUCCCCAAGUGUCCUCUGGCUCCUCGUGAUCAGUCUCACGCUCGCUGCGCAUCGCCGGCACCAUCUUUUUGCCGACUUUUGCCGCUCAGCGAACGAGCUCCACGACAUUCAGACCCAAGCGCUCGGCGUCGUCGUCGCUCGUCGCAAGCGCAUCAUCUUUGGGAAGCUUCGGAGCGACCCGAAGCGGCUCCUCAUGCUUGGGGCCAUGUGGGCGGAGCUCGGUGGUUUUAGCUACUGCGCCAUUCAGCUGCUUCUGUACCAGCUCCACGACAACACAUUCUACGGCCAGGCCAAUGGCAGGUGGCGGCUUGCGACGUUCAUCACGUUGUCGCUCGUGCUCGGGUUUGUCGAGUGUCUUCCCGGCGGACGCUUUACCCGUCGCUUUCGUCCGUGGCGGGACAAAAUCGGCGCGCCGUUUCUGUACGACACGGUCUUUAUGACGUUUAUGUAUGCCAUCAUCGACGUCGCUGGCUGCAGCAACGACCUCGACGCAGUAUCGUUUGGUGGGCAGUCGUGUGCCGACCCAUCGCUCUACUGGAUCUUCUUUGGUCUCGGCGUCAUGGUCUUUAGCGCGUUUUUCUGGGGAACGCUUUUGUACAAGAAACGACUGGCGGACGACGUGUACGCCGUGCGCUUUCGAUUCCAAACUGCGUUUAACGCGCUCAUGACGUGCACACGAACAGCUUGCGCACUGGGCUUUUACACGAUCGAGAAGGCGCUCUUGGUGUUUGACGCGUGGAUCGUCAUUUUCGGCUUUAGCGCUAUCAACUUGGUGCUCUUUGGCUCGCUUCUGUACUACAAUUUCCGAUGCCAGCCCUGCCUUGGGGUCGGCUACUUUCCCAACAACCUCCGCGCACUCUCAUUUGGCACGUCGUGUUAUACGACGCUCGUACUGUGUCUCGUGACGCUUCUGGUGCACUGGACAGCGGAUCGUACGCUCGGACUCUGGGUCGUCCAGAUCGCAGCCGGGCUGUACCCGCUGGUUGCGGCCGGUCUCUGGCGUUGGAACAGUCACCGCGCCAAGGAUUACGAAGUGCCCAAUCUUGAUCUCCUGGCGUCGCUGUCCCACGACUGUAUUCGCGUCCGGGCGAUCGCAGCUGUGAGCGUCACCCUUGAGAACGAUGCGCGCUGCGACACUGAGAUCCAAGCCAUUGUCGUCGGGCUCAACGAUACACUCAUUUUUGCCAUGCACCACGAGACGGCGUACGCCAUCGCCUACGCGUGUCAAGCCAUGUGGUUUCUCUGGUAUCGCAACUUUGACCUGAGUGACCAGAUUCUCGAAUCGACUUCCGACCCGCUCUGGCCCCUCGGGCGCUGGGCCCCCGAGCCGCGCGACUGCUCGUCCCACUCGGCAAAGGCCAGCAUGACACAUCCUGCAACUUUGGUCAAGAAAGGGUUUUGGCAGCGCCGCCACGUACCAUCGCUCGCAACGAUGGACUCGGCGCUUGUUCGGCUUGUCGAGAAGGCGACCGACAUGGACCACACAAUGUGCGCCACGAACCGCAUAGCGGAUGCUCCGGUGGUGCACCAGUGCUUCGAAAACGGCGUCAAAAAGCUCAUCGGCCUGCUGUACGCUCCCUGCUAUCACGCGCGACGGAUUGCGGCCAAAACGCUCCAGGAAAUGUACGAUGCCGGUGCGAUUCAAGUUCGCAAAGAGACCUUUUUCCAAAUGGCCGUCACCCUCGUGGCCGUGCCCGUGCACAGUCGCGCUGUCGCCGCCGCCCGGACUCUCGUUUCGUUUGUCGUCACACAAGAAGCGACGUGGGUGGCGUCAGCGAUGGCCGAUAAGAUGACGCUGGUCUUGGUCUCGGAAGCGCUCGUGCAGCGAGUGUUCGAUGUUGAGUUUUUGAGCUCGGUGACCCAAGUGCUGUCCACGGUUAUGUCUACGCUGGUCGCGAUGUCAACGCCACAGCCGGUAACGUACCUCUCUCUGCCCAUGGUCUCGGCUCUGCUCUCGCUGCAAGAUAUGUCAGUCCCGCCUCUUGUCGCAGCACAAAUCGACACCAUACUUGCCAAUAUACACAGCAGCCACCAUGGAGAGAGCAUGACGCGCCGCGCGUCCUUCAGCACACGCGUCACACCCGCCGACAAGGACAUGGUGGUUUCGACCGAAACCGUACUCUUGACGCCGGUGCAAGUGGCGGCCGUACUCGAUCGGCAACGCCAGCGACACGAACUCCUCACCGCCGCGACAACUCUCAUUGACGAUGGAUUCGCACAGCAGCGGACGAUGCUGGAGUUACAGCCGUCGACUCGCGUGGCAGUCGAGGCAGCGUUUCCGCAGGGCCAAGCACCACCUAGAAUGCUCGGGUACGUCGAGAGCCAAGUGCCGGCGGCAGCGUUUGCGUACGUCUGUCGCAUCGCGCAUCUAGAGCCGCCAGGUCCUCGCACCGCGUCGCUUGCACGCAUUGCGUCGCUGACCCGUGUCCGACCCGCGUCCAUCGAUGCCUACGUCGAUGAAAAAGGCAUUGUACAGUGCUCUGGGUUUAGCUAA